CCAAUGUGCAAUCACCAUCGAUAACUUUUAACCUCGGAACUUUACAUCAUGACCUCAGGAGAAGAAAACGCCGAACAUUACUUCACGGUCGAAAAACUCAAUGGCCCUAAUUUCUGGAGAUGGCGAAACAACAUCCUCAUGUUGCUUACUUAUCUGGAUCUUGAUGACCUGGUCCUUUCGGCCAACCCUUCCGUGUCUGGUGAUGGUAAUAAUACGGCCAAGAAGAAGCAGGCCGCCGCGAUUAUCAGGCAACAUCUUGACGAUCAAAACGCGAUCAGAUUUGUUGAUGACCCGAGCAAGUUUGAACCCAAGGAGCUGUGGGAUGCUAUCUGCGGUCACUACGCUGCUCCAACACGGGCGAACGCGUUCGAACUCAUGGACCGUCUCUACGGAAUAAAAUUCGUUGAAGGCAGCUUCCAAGAAUCAAUCACCGAAAUCCGGGAAACUUCUAGAUUCCUCUUCGAAGUGUCUCAAUCCUACUUCGACCGAAAAACUCUGGAGCUACAUUGGAUAUUCUUUAUUCGGACGAGAUUACCGGCAUGCUUCAGGCACGUGGGCUCAGAAAUGAUGAAGCGGGACGACGGCAAUGAAUCUCUUGACAAUUACCUCUUGGAGCUCGAGCUGGAAAUAAGGAGACAGGAGCGUGCCCAGCAGAUCGGUCUUGCCUGCGCCGGAAAGCAGCCCAGUCCUAGCUCAGAUCAACACAGAAGACGACCCCCGCGCGCGUAUUGUAAGAAUGGCGUCCAUAACCCACAUACCCAUCAUUCUGCCGCGAACUGUAACCAACUGCACCCCAAGAAGAUAGGCAAUCAACAAGGACUAAGAAAGUGAAACUCUCGCAGAGAAUCCCAGGAUUCCUGUUACGUCCGUCGUGCUUAGCUCAUAUCUAUGCCUCAAACCUGGCUUGGGAUCAGUAAUAUCCACUCAGGUUCGAUACACAUUUUGCGUCGCCGAAGGCCUCCGCUCAACACUCUUCCAGAUUUCCUUACGCUUCUUCAACCUCACUUACCAGCUCCACAUGAAUAUCCAUGGCGGAGAAAUUUUGUUUCAAAAAAAAAUACACCCUGCACACUGCAUAGCCUCAUCGAUGGGUUUCCUGGCCACUCAUUCAGACCCUCUGUCAGGCUCGGCUGGGUGGUCUUUGCCACUGAGUCGUCGUUUCCUCCAGUCGGGAGCACUUGAAAACCUAGGUCGUGUAUGAUGCGUAGUUCCAGCACUCGAGCCCUGCGCCGUCCUCCCCUAACUUCCCGACCUCAUCCGCUUCUCGGCCCUUGUCCCACUAGACACCUUUCCGAACCAGUGGGCCCUUGCAGUAAAUUGCAUUGCCACUCAGCGCGUGACCGUCACCUGCGUCUCCGCACUCGAAAUGGAUUAUCUCUGAAGUGAGAUUUGAGCCGCGAGAUAUUUCAUGGACGUCUUGUGCGAACUCACAUUACCGCGCGAGCCUGGAAAUCAAAAUGCCGUCUUUCUCUCGCUUUGUGUUUAUCAUUCUAUCUAUUUCUUAUGCUCUAUUUCUUUUUUGAUAGUGCUCGUUUCUAUUUUUUUAUUUUUUUUCGUCUCCUGCUUGAAGCAGGAACAUGGAAAAAUAUGCGCAUGCGAUUGGCCUGAAAGAGCUG